AUGGCACAAUUCAGCUCCCUCCCCCCCGAGAUCCUCGGGAACAUCUUCCUCCACGCAGACCAGAAAUCGCAAAAAGCGCUCCGUCUCACAAACCGCCAAUUGGGGGCCAUUGGCCAGCAGAGUGUUUUCCAGACACUAAGGGUCUGUCCAACUGAGGAGAGCUAUGGGCGGUUAGAGAACAUUCUCAAGAGACCCGAUCUCGUCCCAUACAUCAAUAAGAUCUACCUAAACACAUAUGAUGUGAAGCAUCCCCCAGAGUCUCAGUACGACGAUGGCGAGGAUGUAGCAUCUCGCCUGUUUCUUUACCUCAAGGACAUGCCCCGGCUGCAGAGCGUAGCUCUUCGCUUCCACUGGGAAUGUCCCGACGAUGUGUAUGAUGAUGUCCAGCAGGAUGAGAACUUCCGGUCAGAGGUUAUGCAGACGGGUCUGGGAGCGCUUGCCGCCUUGCCUGGGCUGAAGGACCUUGCGCUGCGGGAUAUCUAUAACGUCAACGAAACGGACACAGAGACAGUUGCGAGCUUGAACACGAUAUUGCCGAGGCUGAGGUCCCUGAGACUCAACGUCACCAAUGCGAACCGAGGCAUGAAGGGGAGUUCGGACUAUGAUCUAGAAAACCCGCAGCGCUUCUUCUCCGAGCUCCCCUUAGUUUGGCUCAAACCAGCCCUCUCCAAUCUCCAGCACCUAACCCUCUACUCCAGCAUCUACGCAGGCUUUUUCCCCAAAUGCGACUUCAGGGACCUGCACUUCCCAAACUUAAAGAGCCUCGCCUUCGGAAACCACACCUUCAUCCACGACUCCCAGCUAAACUGGAUCCUUUCACACGCCGCAACGCUGACAGAACUGUAUAUGGACGACUGCGCCAUCGUCCACGAGGCCGCCAUCUACACGGAUAAGCAGGACUCCACCCUCCUACCACCGGAUGCAUUCAAGCCUCACCCGCAUCUGCCGGAUCGCAAGGUCUACACGUCCUACAGCACGCGCUGGGCCGACUACUUCCGCGCCUUCAAGGAGAAGCUAGUGAACCUGAGGGAAUUCCGGUACGGGCAUGCGCCGAACUGGUGGGCGGAUGAUACGACGCCGUUUGAGUCAGAGCACAGGAUCAGGAUUGGGUUUGGGGACGAGAGCUAUCUGGUGUUUUUUGAUGGGGUUUUGCCGAGUGAGUAUACGGAUUUUAUCUACUGGGAGGUUCCGAGGGAGGGUCUUACGGGGGUCGAGAGUCGGCGGGAGAUGUUUGAGUAUGUUGAUGGCGUGGCGUUGAGGGCUUCGGAUGAUGAUGAGGCGGCGUUGAGGGAGCUUUGUGAUUGUGUUGGGAGCUCUAGGAGGAAUGCGCUGGUGGAUGAGGAUGAGGAUGAUCUUAUGGAUGGUUUUGUGGCGGGAUAA